AUGGCUCAAAAUCUGUUUGAAAAUUUUCCUUCUGAAAUCCUAGAUUCUAUAGUUGAACUUGUCGUAUCAGAAUACGAUUCGUAUUCACAUGAAUUUCAUUCAGUAUCUCUCCGAAAACGUGAUCUGUUACGGAUAGCCUAUUCGUGCAAAUGUCUCUGUUUUCCUUCUCUACGAAAAUUGUGGGCCAACAUCUUUGAUGGGUCGUUUCACAUGCCAGCCUUGGAGGUUUUAUUGAUUUCAUUACCACGGGAUAUCAAACAGUCUUUGGGAAUUUACGCUUUGGUUCCUGAGACGACAUUUAUGAACUAUUGCCAAUACAUAAGAUCCGUUUCAUUGGAAACGCUAUUUUCUAACAUCCAUAGAUGGUUAGAGAAACACCAAUCCAGAGGUUCUUUAAUUUACAAUACGCUUGAAAUGCGGAGAGAAGUUGCUCGGGAACUGCUUCGACAGUUCAAGACUUGUACCAAGCCUCUUGAGAAGCUUCGAUGUGUCGGAUUUCAUCAGAAUCCGACGUGGAUAAUCAAUUAUCAACUUGUUCUUGAACCCGAGUUUACUCAAUGGAUUAGCAAAAUAACCAUCCUAGUUAUUCGAGGAGCAUUUAAUUCUGCAGUUUUAAUUAACGGACUGGCAAGGAAUUGUAGAAACAUUGCCAAGUUUGUAUUCAGCUUUUAUCGUUUCGACACGGACUCCUUUACUGAAAUCAUGCAGGCAGCCUUGGAACUUAUAAACGUCCAACACAAACUCAAAUGUCUUGUCUGGAAUGGAAGUCACGCAGUUCAAGGGGACGAUCCGAGCCCUGUUCUCGAAAUUUUGCCCAAUCACGCCGGAACACUUACUUGUCUUCGAUUUGAGCAAAUGGACUUCUCACACAUCCAAUCGUUGGAAAAUCUGGCAGCGUGCGAUAAUUUGGAAAGUCUUACUUUUGAAGGUUGCAGUAAUAUCACUUAUCAAGCGGUCCAACCAAUGGAUCAAGGACUUCAACGGCUGAGAGAGAUCAAGUUGCUCGAGUGUCAGAAUUUUGAUCCGAUGGAAACAUUUGCAAGGGAAAGAGGUAUUCUAGUACUUCCUCCCGGAGUUACAUUCUAUGACACUUGA